UAGUCCAGUUGUUAUGGACUUCCACAGAGGUUAGUUUCUCUUCUCUUCGUGAUAAAGGUAGACAUUGCAGUCAUCGAAUAGGAACUGUAUAACAUUUUCUAAAACCACAGGCGCAACGUCGCGAUAUUUCCUGGAACGCUUUCUUAACAGACCAGGCAGGGGAUUUAGGGUUUGAGAAGUCAAUGAGAGAAGUGAAAAAUGCUUCCUUAGUUAAUUUUCUCGAAAGCUAAAGGCACAACCUAGAUUGGAGCCAAUGUCUUUUAACAUGUUAUUACUCCAACCUCGUGAAAGUGACAAACUGACAAGUUUUUUUUAAUUCUAGUCAGAAAAACAACUGUAUAUUGAAGUAGGGGCUUUGAUUUUGACGGCCUGCACAUGGGAUGAAUAGAAGACUGUUUGACCCGAUGACGUGCUUCUACGCAUUGAGCUGUACUUGCCAACGUCGCCUGUACAAGUGAGACCAGGGUUUUGUUUUUUGUUUUAAUUGGAGAAGCACUUUUAGCCAAUCUUUAUACUUUGCUGUAUUUGACUGUAUCCUUCCAAAUUAUGCGUGGAAAAACUAUAAUAGUGACUGGUGCCAACAGUGGCAUAGGCAAAGCUACAACAGUUGAACUACUAAGGCGCGGGGGUCGGGUGAUCAUGGCUUGCAGGGACAUGAAGAGGACUGAGGAAGCCGCACAGGAGAUUCGACUGGAGACUGGUCCAGAUUCGGGAGAACUCCUAAUCAAGUGCCUGGACCUCGCAUCACUGAAAUCCGUGCACAGUUUCUGCGAAGACAUCAUCAAGGAAGAGCCCAGGAUUGACGUGCUGAUCAACAAUGCAGGGAUCUACCAGUGCCCUUAUACCAGGACGGAGGAUGGCUUCGAGAUGCAGUUCGGGGUGAACCACCUUGGCCACUUCCUCCUCACCCACCUCCUCCUGGACCUCCUGAAGCGCUCUGCGCCCAGCCGUGUGGUUGUGGUCUCCUCCAAACUCUACAAGUACGGCGAGAUCGACUUUGAUGACCUGGAUAGCGAACGGCACUAUGACAAGGCCUUUGCCUAUGGCCGAAGCAAGCUAGCCAACCUCCUCUUCACCUGCGAGUUGGCCCGACGCCUCCAGGGCACGGGGGUGGCGGUCAAUGCAUUGACCCCGGGCAUAGUGAGGACUAACCUGGGCAGGCAUGUCAAUAUCCCCCUCCUGGCCAAGCCCCUGUGGGAGCUGGCAUCCAGGGCCUUCUUCAAGAGCCCAGAGGAGGGGGCGCAGACCUCGGUCUACCUGGCCUGCUCGCCCGACGUGGAGGAGGUCCAGGGGAAGUGCUUUGCGGACUGCCAGGAGCAGAAACUUCUGCCCAAGGCUACGGACCAAGAGGUGGCCAGGAAACUUUGGGAUAUUAGUGAAGUCAUGGUGGGCAUAACCAUGUGAUAAAGAACGUCAACCUUUCACUCCCUCCAAUUUGAACGCAAAGAGAGGACUUUGGACCUCUCACAAAAGGUGAAGUGAACUAGCAAAAGGCAAGGGCAGUGUGAAUGCAAAGAGAAUAGUUUUUUUUGUUGCUUCGUACUGCAGAGAACUGUGCCCUGGAUGCCUGUUGCUAUGUGUUGUGAUUAUAUUGCGUUGACACAAUUAUUUUUCACUGGUAUGUUGUUAUACCAUGCCAGCAAUUAUAUUAAACUCUUAAGUGAAGGAAGAUUGUUGCUAUGAUCUCAGGCUGAAUGUACCUGCAUUUGAUUCAGCGUACAUGGCGUCAAUUUAAACUGAAACAUGCCAUCACAAUAUCAAUAUCAAAUUGUAUUGGUCACAUACACAACAGUGCAGUAAUACCUAACAAUGCACACAACACUCCCCUUCAUCGACACUGAUUGUAGUGGAUUUAACAAGUGACUUUAAUAAGGGAUCAUAGCUUUCACCUGGUCAGUCUGUUAUUUUCACUCUGUGUAUAAUGAUGUGUAUAGACAGUAUAUGAAUAGAAAAAGGUGUGUACAGCAGUAGUUAUAUAUAGGAUGGUGUGUAUAGACAGUAGUUAAAGAGGAUGGUGUGUAUGGACAGUAAUUAUAUAGGAUGGUGUGUAUGGACAGUAGUUAUAUAGAAUGGUGUGUAUGGACAGUAGUUAUAUAGGAUGGUGUGUAUGGACAGUAGUUAUAUAGGAUGGUGUGUAUGGACAGUAGUUAUAUAGGAUGGUGUGUAUGGACAGUAGUUAUAUAGGAUGGUGUGUAUAGACAGUAUGGACAGUAGUUAUAUGGAUGGUGUGUAUAGACAAUAGUUAUAUAGGAUGGUGUGUAUAGACAUUAUGGACAGUAUAUUAAUAGAAAAUGUAUGUACAGCAGUAGAUAUAUAUAUAGGAUGAGCCAUAACUAGAAUGAGGUGUAUAUACGUUCACGUUCAAAAGUUUGGGGUGACUUGGAAAUGUCUUUGUUUUUGAAAGAAAAGCACAUUUUUUUGUCCAUUUAAAAUAACAUCAAAUUAAUCAGAAAUACAGUGUAGACAUUGUUAGUGUUGUAAAUGACUAUUGUAGCUGGAAACGGCAUAUUUUUUAUGGGAUAUCUAUAUAGGCGUACAGAGGCCCAUUAUCAGCAACCAUCACUCCUGUGUUUUAAUGGCACAUUGUUAGCUAAUCAAAGUUGAUCAUUUUAAUAGGCUAAUUAGAAAACCCUUUUGCAAUUGUGUUAGCACAGCUGAAAACUGUUCUGAUUAAAGAAGCAAUACAACUGGCCUUCUUUAGACUAGUUGAGUAUCUGGAGCAUCAGCAUUUGUGGAUUCGAUUACAUGCUCAAAAUGGCUAGAAACAAAUAACUUUCUUCUGAAACUCAUCUAUUUUUGUUCUGAGAAAUGAAGACUGUUCCAUGUGAGAAAUUGCCAAGAAACUGAAGAUCUGGUACAGCGCUGUGUAUUACUCCCUUCACAGAACAGAGCAAACUGUCUCUAAUCAGACUAGAAAGACGAGUGGGAGGCCCCGGUGCACAACUGAGCAAGAGAACAAGUACAUUAGUGUCUAGUUUGAGAAACCGAUGCCUCAAGUCCUCAACGUCAACAGUGAAGAGGUGACUCCGGGAUGCUGGCCUUGUAGGCAGAGUUGCAAAGAAAAAGCCAUAUCUCAGACUGGCCAAUAAAAAUAAAAGAUUAAGAUGGGCAAAAGAACACAGACACUGGACAGAGGAACUCUGCCUAGAAGGCCAGAAUCCCAGAGUCGCCUCUUCACUGUUGACAUUUGAGGACUUGAGGCAUCGGUUUCUCAAACUAGACACUAAUGUACUUGUCCUCUUGCUCAGUUGUGCACCGGGGCCUCCCACUCAACAAGUCUAAUGAAGGCCAGUUGUAUUACUUCUUUAAUCAGCGCAACAGUUUUCAGCUGUACUAACAUAAUUGCAAAAUUAUUUUCUAAUGAUCAGUUAGCUAAUCCAAGUUUAUCAUUUUAAAAGGCUAACAGAACUUGCCAUUGGAACACAGGAGUGAUGGUUGCUGAUAAUGGGCCUCUGUACGCCUAUGUAGAUAUUCCAUAAAAAAUCUGCCGUUUCCAGCUACAAUAGUCAUUUACAACAUUAACAAUGCCUUCAAGGUAUUUCUAAUCAAUUUGAUGUUAUUUUAACCGCCCCAAAAAAAGUGUUUUUCUUUCAAAAACAAGGACUAUUUUUAAGUGACCCCAAACUUUUGAACGGUAGUGGUCAUAUGAAGUGGUUGAAACAGUAUGUAAACAUUAUUAUAGUGACCAGUGUUCAAUACUCUAUGUACACGAAACACACGGUAUUAACUGAAACUUACCAUCACAACAUGAAACCAUAUACUAUGACAUACUACAAGGGUACUUAUAGGGAACUCUUGAUGCAGUACUAUCACUGAUUAUCAGGGAAUUUUGAGAUGGGUUUUUGUGAUCAGCCUAAUUCUUAUGUAUUACUAUGCCAAUAUGAAUGGACUUGAAUUAUUCUACUGCACAAUGUACCUAAUGUAGCCUAAUACACAAUCUACCAGUCAUUUAAAAAAAUAUAUAUAUAUAUAUUUAACUGACUUGACUGGUUAAAUAAAAGGUUAAGAACAAAUCAAAUUCGUAUUUACAAUGACGGCUUACACAGGCCAAACCCGAGACGACGCUGGGCCAAUUGUGCACCGCCCUAUGGGAUUCCCAAUCACUGCUGGCUGUGAUACAGCCUGGAAUCAAACCUGGGUGUCUGUAGUGACGCCUCAAACCCUGAGAUGCAGUGCCUUAGACCGCUGCGCCACUCGUGGGAGCCCGAUCAUGUCAUGCCAAAUGAUCCCGUUUUUAAUUAACGGUAACCGUCUCAUGAUGAAUACAGGUUAUGCCACUUCUGUAAUGUAGCCUGCUGUUUCAAUGAUUGGUUUGAGUGGUUUUGAAACCUUGUGACACAUUGACUACAUUUACAAGCUGACCGUGAAUCAAUUAUUGACUUGCAUAUCAGUCAAAUUCUUCCGCACCGAUCUUGACAAACCAUAUCUGUAUGGACCUCACUUUGUGCACUGGGGCAUUGUCAUGCUGAAACAGGAAAGGGCCUUCCUCAAACUGUUGCCACAAAGUUAGAAGCACAGAAUCGUCUAGAAUGUCAUUGUUGUCUCCAUUUCAAACGGCUCUGUGCUUAAUGGAGAUAGUGAUGAGCCGAAUGUAAAUAAUUUCCACUCUGCUUUGCCCCAAUGUAGCCUUUUCACGUUACAGGUGGUUAACAUACAAACUCAAUAAAGUUAAUUAUUUAUUGUU